AUGGGAAUGGCUGCUUCGGUCGAUGCGUCGAGUAUUCGCGGUGUGUCCGACUUAAUCAGUGCCCAUAUGUCUCAGAGUACAACGAUGGACGUCAAUCUCGCAAACCAUAUCAGCAAUGAAGAUUGGCAAGACGAGUUCUCGUCUGACGUUGAGCCAUCUCCACGAGACAUGACAUCAGAAGAGGAAAAAGCAGCUCCAAGUACAGCUUCAGAAAGCACAACAAAACAUACCAGAGGAAGUGAACGGGAAGAAGAGUACGGUUUAAUAUUUAUUUGA